CUCUACAAGGACGUCAUGAUGGACAAUCAGCCGCCCCUCACAUCACCGGAUGGAUCCAGUCAUGGGAACCCACCAGAGAGAUGUCCCCGUCCUCUGUAUUCCCGGGAUUCCACACAGGAAGGUCACACCAUCCCUCACCAUCAUCAGAGUGGAAACCUGGGAGAUCCUAAAGUUGAGGUUAAAGAAGAGAUAUAAAAGAGGAGGAGGAUGAGGAUGGGGGGAUGGAGGAGUCAGAGCUUCUAAAAGACACCAUGGAGGAGUCAUCCAGCUACAGGAACCCACCAGAGAGAUGUCCCCGUCCUCUGUAUUCCCGGGAUUCCACACAGGAAGGUCACACCAUCCCUCACCAUCAUCAGAGUGGAAUCCUCGGGGAUGAGAAUAUUGAUGUUAAAGAAGAGUAUAAAGAGGAGGAUGAGGAGUAUGGAGUGAUGGAGGAGUUUUCAGAAGGACACAAGGAUAUGAUGGAGCCACCUAAUACCAGGAACCCACCAGAGAGAUGUCCCCGUCCUCUGGAUUCCCGGGAUUCCACACAGGAAUGUCACACCAUCCCUCAUCAUUACAAGAGUGGAGAUCCAAUCGAUAUAGAAUUUGAGGUGAAAGCAGAAGAAGAAGAGGCGUAUGUGAGGGAUGAUCAGCAGUCUAUGGAGGAGGAUGGAAUAACGGGGACAUUUAUAGAGGAGGACACUCCUACAGAGAUCAGCACAGUCCAUGGCCGGGAGAUGAGGAAAACCUCCGAGGAUUGUCUCACUUUGUCUCCAGACUGGAAAGUAGAAGAUGAGGACAUCACACAGUAUAGUCCAGGAGAAAACCCGGCUCCCUCCAAUGUCCAUCCGGCACCACCCAGUGUAGAUGGACCAUCGGAUUCCUCGUAUCCUGAGGAACCUCAGACUGUGCGGGACCGGGCCUGCCAUCCAGCAGAGAAGAGAUUCUCCUGUACUGAGUGCGGGAAGGGUUUCUGUUAUAAAUCCCAUCUUAAUGUGCAUAAAAGAUCUCACUCAGGGGAGAAGCCAUAUUCCUGUCCUGAGUGUGGGAAAUGUUUUUCAGACAAAAAUCAGAUCUUGUCAAACAUGAAAGGUCUCACACAGGUGAGAAGCCAUAUUCUUGUUCUGAGUGCGGGAAAUGUUUUGCACAAAAGUUCAUUCUUUACAGUCACCAGAGAUCUCAUACGGGGGAGAAGCCGUAUUCCUGUCCUGAGUGCGGGAAGUGUUUUUCAUACAAGUCACAUCUUUCCAGACAUCUGAGAUUGCAUGUAGGUGAGAAGCCGUAUUCAUGUACUGAGUGUGGGAAAUGUUUUGUACAAAAAUCAGAACUUGCCGUACAUCAAAGGUCUCACACUGGGGAGAAGCUAUAUUCCUGUCCAGAGUGUGGGAAAUGUUUUACAACGCAUUCCAGUCUUUACAAACAUAACAGAUCUCACACAGGGGAGAAGCCGUAUUCCUGUUCUGAGUGCGGCAAAUGUUUUAUACGAAAAUCAGAACUUGUCAUACAUUUGAGGUCUCACACGGGUGAAAAGCCAUACUCCUGUUCUGAGUGUGGGAAAUGUUUUUCACAGAAGGUCACUCUUUAUAAACAUCAUCAGAGGUCUCACACAGGGGAGGAGGCUACUUAC